AAAAUCAACCACUAUCCGCGCUGCGCGAAGAGACAGCCAAGGCCAGCCACUGGCAGCCACAAACUGCAAAAAAACCGACGAGCAAACUGCCCCAUUCGUGGCCUUUUGACUGCUUUGACUUCUCGCCAUUUCAGGUGGUGGGUUGUGACAGGUGUUUCUACUCGUAGUUCUCUAGUACCUUAUUUAUAUAAUCAUUUAUGCGUCACUAAUCAUGGGGCAUUGCACACACACUUUCACAGCUGUGACGACAUGCCCAUGAUCGCGCUCAACGGAAACUGAGGCAACUAGGCGUGAACUGAGGCUUGAGAACCGAGAUGCGAAAGUUCUUCGUUUCCCGCCUGAUGGGCAGAUCAGCCGAAGACGUCGACCCUUUUCCCAUCCUGGAACUUCCAGAACAGCUUGUCGAGUACGUGCUGUCUUUCGUGUCCACGGACGACUUGGUGAAGAGCUGCCGACUGGUCUGCGUCCAGUUCCAGCGGAUCGUCGACAGAAACGGAUUCUGGAAGAUCAAGUGCGAGCGGGAUGGCAAGGUCAUCCCCAGCUUUCAUCUCGACUCUCUCCCGGCCAAUUACUAUCGGGCCAUCUACGUGAGCAAUCCAUACGGCCGGAAUCUGCUACGGAACGGGCACGGGGACGAGAAAGGGCCCGACAAUGAAGCUUCUCAGCUGCCUUCGAAGACUAUGAAGGCAGUCGCAGAAAGGGACUGUUCAGAUGUUGAGUCGUCCGGUGGCGAACACGAUGAGAUGUCGCAGGCAGCUAAACCAGACCCAGCUUCAGCAGCCUCUUCAAGUGACGGAGAGCCGGAGAGUGAGCCACCAUCGGAGGACGAAGACUACUACGAAGACAACUUUUUUCGGAGAGACAUGUUUGCACACUGGCAGGUGACUCAGAAUCAUGGAGACGGAUGGCGUGUUGAGAAGACUCCAGCCGGCGCUGACCCCUUACCCCUUGCCAACCAGAGCUGUUUUGCUACCUCCUACGGAGAAUGCUCCAAGGAGCAGGUCAUAUCCCUAGUCAAGGAGGGCGUGGUUCCUGAAGUGCUCGAUAUUUUCAGACCGGCCAUCGAAGUGUCGGAAUGGUAUGCGGGGCGUUUCGACUGCGGCUGCAUGUACCGUCUGAUUGUGGAGUUGCUGGAUGUCGCCAAGAAACCGGUGGCCACCUUCGACACGGGCGAGCUUGUCACCCCACAGUGGGCAGGGCGCCAAUGGCAACAGGUCAGACACACGUUCGACGACUAUCCAAAGGGUGUCCGGUACAUCCGGUUCGCACACCUCGGAACGGACACGCAGUUCUGGGCCGGACACUACGGAGCCAAGAUGGCCGGCGGAAUGGUCCGCAUCGCCGCGGAGCAGACGAACCCCCCUUUGACGGCUGCGAGUCGCGAAACGGUCGACAAAGCUUCGGGGGCUCAACACUCCUGAAGGUCCACAACGACCGACCCUUGGACGGACUGGCGUGGCAGCGAGACGUCGCGGUGCCGACAAUCUGAAUUGGCUAGGCUUAUAAGCAGCGUGCGCCGAAAGUGUGCCAAUUUUUUCGCUGUUACGAUACAAUAAGCGUUCUCUGGAAGUACUUGGAGUAUAUUCCGAUUCUACCGACGGUAAGGGGUGUUUCAGGGCGCUCUUCGGGCGUAAAAAUGUUUUGUAUAAAUAAACCAGUAAUUGAAACUUUUUUCAGAGAGGUGUCUUUACGUCGUGCAUGGUUCCUACUCGUAUUUUACCAGUGUAGGCCUCUGGACAAAAAUCAGAGCCCUAAAAAAAGCUUUUCUUUCUCAUGAACAGGAUGCAAAGCGACAAAAACAGUCUGGUUGACGCUGCCAGUCACAGAUGGUCAUCUCGAAAGAGCUUUCACGUUUUUGCUUUAUUACCUUUUUCGUCUUGUGCAUUGGAUAAAGGUCUUAUUAAAAUUAUAUUUUUGUUUUCCUGAAACCUAGGCUCCUACAAUUUUGGCAUGAUAAAUGCACCACCUUAAGACACCUUUGUGAGAAUUUUCACUGCUCUCGGUUCGUUGGUGUAUUUAUUUUAAUUUGUUUUACGCCCAAAUAGUGUUCAGAAACACUGUUUUAAAAAUACACUGACCUGUCACAAGAACAGCAGAGUUAGUGUAUACGGAGAGCACUGCUGAAACGUGGUUUACGUUAAAAUAUGCUAAAAGCAUAAUCAUGCCUCAGGUAUUUAAGGUGUAUCAUAGUGCACUCAAAAAUACUUCCACCAUGCUUUUUCGUUUCUUGAAAGAACACGGAGAGUGCACAUUGGGUGUACUGCUUUUUUGCCUAGGGUUGUCAUAGUUGGCACGAAAUGCUCAUUCUUUUAAUGCCACACUGUGUGAUUUUGUUCUUGAGUGUGUGGUGGCAGAAUGGAAGGUGCAAAGGGUACGGCAUAAAUGGCUAGGGGAUUUUUAGCUGAAGUUUGUAUUUGUAGUUGCUAGAUUUCGCAACCUGUAUGUUGCAAACAAAUGCUCUGCAAUGUAAAUCAAAGACGAUCGGUAGACUUCUGCUGGAUGGGCAUUUACCAGAUCUAGUCAUUUGCUGCGAUAUGACUGGCUACAUGUAACUAGACAUUCACUUGGUGGGGCCAUGCCACUGAAAGGCUGCUUUUGCUUUUUCCCUGCUAGAGCUCCUUGGUUUGGCUCAUUUGCUGGGACUUAACUUGAGUUGCAGCCCUUUAUUUCCUUGGCUGUGAAUUAACCGUGAGUACACAAGACCAUGGCAUGGCUUCGACAACCUAAGAUUAGACUGGAACCAGUGGUGGGGCCAAGGGGGAAGGGGGUACUUAUAGGGCAGCCCCCCCCAACCCCUUCCUUCCCCUAAGUACAGACAACCUUAUAGUAUACACAUGCACAUGGACACCACAGCCACCUGAGCACAAACCCCCUCCUCCCCCCCCCCCCCCCCCCCCCCCUUUUUCCAAAAACAAAUUUGGCUGUUGUAUUGGUUAUACUUUUAAGAACAAAAAUAGUAUCAUAAGGUGAUUAUGGACAUGAUUGAGUGCAACUGGAAUCUUAUGGCUUUUUGUCUUCUGUGACGGCUUAUGUAGCUGUGGCUCGGUGCUUGACUCUGGCUGACCAUUUGCUCUGGUAAUUUUCUAGACAACUGCGAACUUAUAUCUAGCAAGCUGCAGAGUUAGUACUUGAUAGAUUGCAAAUUUAUUUGUAUUGAAUAUUGUGGCUUCGGGUCGUACAUGUGCCAGAGUGGGGAAAUAUUUGUAUGCACUAGAACUACUUCACAUUUAAGGCCCGUUCACACUCUUGCGACCUCUGAAAACUGGGUUCCUUGAAACCUCUUACGAGAGGACACACUGGCGCCAUCUAUUGGGUAGCAGCGUAAACUUGGCGGUCCGGCAUAUUUUCUAUUUCACUCGCCCAUUAUCCUUCCUUUCUUGGCUCAAAAAACUUUUGUCAACGUUAUAAACGAGCCUUUCUUAUAGGUAAUACGCACAUUUGACCUCGGAAAUCCCGCAAAACCUUCGCUCUUGUGAAAUGCAGUUCCAGGGUCACCGAAUAGAUGGCGCCAGCGUGCCAGUGUGUUCUUUCGUCCUAAGAAAUUUUAAGAGGUUUUAACAAGUCUCGUAUCUCGGUCGUACUCGGUUGCAAGAGUGUGAAUGUGCCUUUACUUGAUGUACUUGCUGUUAUAGGCCAUUUUUUGUUCUUUGAACGCUUGCUGCUCUGAGGCACAGACUCAGUGGCGACUGAGUAGCAAGGGCAUCUUAAUGUACAGAUAUAACUUGCAACUAUUCAUUAUGUUUGGGUGAAAAUGUAAGUAUUUUCUUUGUUAUUGUGGAACGGAGAUAAAAGCAUCUGCAUGCUGCCACUUUUAGUUGUGCCCAUCAUCAAGCAAGUGCCUCUAUUUUUGCAAUAGAUUUAGCAAGAAAAGCUUUUGAUGUGAUGCAGGCAUUAUAUACGCAUGUUCACACUAUAAGCAGAUGUUUACUAUAAAAUAAAGUUGUUGACAAAAAUC